GUUUUCCUUGGAAUCCAGGCCUCUCAUCUCUUACCCAUCGCCAUUUCACAAGACCAUCACACAUUAGGGUUAGCAGCAGGGAGUUCAUUGCCACUUACCCAAAAGCCGGUGAUUAGUUCCUGACGAGACGGUAAGCCCAAUGUAACAGGCGCUCACGUGACAUCAUCUAAAGAAUUCGCGCUAAGGCGUCGUUAAGUUAGCCGGGCGCUGCAGAAAUUUCGUCAUUCCCAAUGGCUCCUCCACCUCCGGGGAAAGAUUUGGCCGACUACACCGCGAAUGCGGGGAACGGCGGUCGCGCGGCGCAGCGGCGAGCGCAGCGGAACGAAAACGGCCCCAUGGCCGUGAUGGCUCCAGACGUAUAUACGGCUGCCUUCAUCCUCAUUGUUGUCCUCCUCAAUCUGUACAGAGCAUCUCUGUGUUGCUGCCGUUGCUAAAACGCAACCGUAUCUUGUGUCUCUCAAGGUGCCCGAGGAUGUGGUUUUGUUCCGUGCACAAGAUAACUUGUGCGCAUCUUGGUAUAUUCAUCCAGGCCCCUAUCUCGUCUGUUACACUUUCAUACUGGUAUAUCGUCAACAAGAUACUUAUCAAAUGCAUGCUUGUGUUAACCUACCGUAUUCUAUGAAAGUAAUUUCACGCCUCUUUCAUCCAUUUAUAUGACGAGAGUGUUUCUCGAGAAAUGGAUAUUCUGGAGUCGCUUCCAUUGUCAGUCACAUAUCACAAUACCGAGGACAGGUCGUCCCCAGAUUGUAUGCCUGACAUCCAUGCUGCCUUGCCAUUGCACUCGCUUGGUUUCACGAAUUCUCUUCAGCCAUGGCGGACCAUCACCUUCUUCCCUCAUCGCUUCUUCUCGCGCUUCUCGUUUUUCUGCUGUCCGCCGCACUUUCUCCCUGCACUGCCGCGCGUAUGCGAAUCCCGCGCUUCCCGGCUUCAUUUCACAGACAGCAGAAAGGGCUGACAAACGCACGCCUGGAUAGUGAAAUUCAUUAUAACAAUAAUGAACCUCCCAGAGCAGGAGGUUCGGUUCGUGGCGGCUACGCCUGGAACGUGUCUUAUUUCACUCAGAACCUCGACCACUUUUCCUUCACCCAGUCGAGCUACGCCACGUGGCAGCAGAAGUACAUCUGGUGGGACGGCGCGUGGGGCGGCGCGGAAAGCGGCGCGCCGAUUUUCGUGUACUGCGGGAACGAGGGGCCGAUCCAGUGGUUCGUGGACAACGCGGGGUGGAUCCGCGAGAUCGCCGUCGAAUUCGGCGCGCUUGUCGUCGGUCCCGAGCACCGCUAUUAUGGCGAGUCCAUGCCGUUCGGCUCGGAGAAGGAGUCGUUCAGCAACGCGUCGACGCGCGCAUUCCUCACCACGGAGCAGGCCAUGGCGGACAUGGCCGUGCUGCUCACGCAACUGAAAGCUGACUUGUCGGCCCACAACUCGCCCAUCAUUCUCUUCGGCGGCUCCUACGGCGGCAUGCUGGCAGCGUGGUUUCGCCUCAAGUACCCCCACAUCGCUGCUGGGGCCAUUGCUGCAUCAGCGCCCAUCCUGCAGUAUGAGGACAUUGUGCCAAGCGAUACCUUCUACCGCAUAGUGUCACAAGACUUCAAGAUGGAGAGCGAGAGCUGCUUCGAGGCCAUCAGGAGCAGCUGGGCGGAUGAUGGCAGAGGCAGGGAGCAACUGAGGGCGGGCUCACCUGAAUACCAUGCCCGGCUCUCACCCCUUGCCAAUCUCAUGCAGAUGGAGAGCGAGAGCUGCUUCGAGGCCAUCAGGAGCAGCUGGGCGGCGAUCAGGGAGGAGGCAGCAACUGGGGAAGGUCUCACCCGCCUCUCAGAACAGUUCCACUUGUGCAGUCCCUUAACCAGCGCGGAUGACCUGAUAGCGUGGCUGGAGACCGCUUAUGUAUACAUGGCCAUGGUGGACUACCCUGUGCCCUCCGACUUCCUCAUGCCGCUGCCGGCCCACCCCAUUCGAGAGCUCUGCAGGCGAGUUGACAGCCUGCCCUCAGGCUCCAACCUCUUGGACCGCAUCUUUGCCGGUAUCGGCGUGUACUACAACUACACGGGCUCCGAGGCGUGCUUCAACGUGCACGAUGAUGAUCCGCAUGACAUGGCCAAUGGGUGGGAUUACCAGGCAUGCACAGAGCACGUGAUGCCAAUGAGCAGCAACGCCAGCAACAGCCUCUUUGAACCCUUCGACUGGAACCAGACGGCGUUUGAGGAGAUGUGCCUGAAGCAGUACGGGGUGGCUCCUAGACCGACUUGGGCCAUGACCCAGUUUGGCGGGCGGUCUAUCCGCUCGGCCCUUCGUCACUUCGGGAGCAACAUUGUCUUUUCCCAGGGGGACCUCGACCCGUGGAGUGGGGGAGGAGUGCUCGAGGAUAUUUCAGACACCAUCGUCAGCCUUUCCAUUCCCGAUGGCGCCCACCACCUUGACCUGCGGGCUUCUACUCCGGACGACCCCCCUUCGGUGCGCAAGCAGCGCAAGGAGGAGAAGAAGCACAUCAAGAGGUGGAUCAAGCAGUACCACAAGGACAGGGAGGAGGAGAGGGUGAAUGGCUUUGGUUUCAGCUCAUUUUCUUCAUCCGAGGAUUUCGUCUCCUUCUCCAUCGUCCUCUUCGCCAUCUCUCUCGCCGUACUCGCUACAUCCGUCGUCAUCUCCUUCUCUGCCCGUCGCUGCACCCAUCAAAUCUCCGCAGUCUACUCGCCCUCCCUGCGCUACCAGCUCAUGGGAGUCAGGCAGUGACCAUGCCGCCAUGGCAGGCAGGCAGGCAGGCAUGCAGCUCACCAUUCUUGCUGCAUCUGUCUCCGUCUCCGUCUACUCGCCCUUAUUGCGCUGCCAGCUCAUGGGAGUCAGGCAGCAACCAUGCGUCUCUUGCUGCUCUCACUGCAUCUGUCGGCGUCUCCUUCUAUGCCGUGCACGGGGCUCACUGCGGUGCCACCAUCUACUCACCCUCAUUAUGCCAUCCCCUCACAGCCGCACAGCGGCGCAGCCCGAAGCAUGUCUCUCUCGCCAUUCCCGCCACCUCUGUUGCCAUCUCCCUAUGCCUUGCACGGGACUCCCGUGGUUGCAGAAACUGAUUGAAAAUAAUUACUACUCAGCCAUUUUCCUUUGAAGUUCUUAUCGGAAGGGAUUGUCAGAACUCAGU